UCCGCCGCGUUCGCUUGUGUUUUGUGACGUUUUCACUGGUACGUGCGACGAGCAACAGUGUUGCCGUUUUUGCAGUGUAGUGCCGCCUAGUAAAGUGAUUUUCAAUCAAUUACUCCUUCAUUUCAGCAACAAAUCAGUGUCUGUUCUAAACAUUUUUGGGCCGUGAAAUUCUCCGCAGUGUAAGCGGAUUGUUGACCCUCGCCGUGGGAAAGCAAAAAGCGGUGCAGCGAUGGCAGUGCAGCUGCUUGACGAGGACCACCUGGCGAUCAGCGCUAUCGUCACGGUGGCCAUGCAGCUCAUCUUCUUCGCAGUGGCCGCCACCUUCCAGUUCGACAAGCUGACCGACUUCGCCGGCGGCACCAAUUUCAUCAUCAUCGCCCUCCUGACAUUCUUUUUGGGUCAGACCUACGACAGCAGGCAGCUGAUGGUCACGAUCUUCAUCUGCCUGUGGGGAGCUCGGUUGUCAGGAUACCUGCUAUACCGGAUCCUGAAGAUCGGGCGUGAUAAACGUUUCGACGAUAGAAGGAGCAAUAUUAUCCGUUUUGCUGUUUUCUGGACAUUCCAGGCUGUUUGGGUGUUCGUUGUUAGCCUGCCAGUUAUUUUUAUCAACGCACCUCGGCAUGCCAUCCCACACUCUCCCAAAACAAUGACAACUCUUGACUCUGCUGGUACGGGGUUGUUUGUCAUUGGACUCUUGGCAGAAACCUAUGCAGAUUUGCAAAAGUUUUCUUUUAGGCAAGAUCCAGCCAACAAAGGAAAAUGGUGUAAUGAUGGUCUGUGGAGGCUGUCAAGACACCCAAACUACUUUGGAGAGAUUGUAUUAUGGUGGGGAAUAUUUAUUAUUUCUAUAAAUGUACUUGAAGGCAUUGAGUGGAUAGCCAUUCUCUCCCCACUGUUUACAACAUUUAUUAUCCUGUUUCUAUCUGGCAUGCCUCUUUUGGAAAAGUCAGCAGAUGAGAGAUAUAGAGAUAAUGCUGAAUAUCGUUACUACAAGGCAUCUACGUCACCACUGAUUCCCAUUCCACCUUCUUUCUACGUAGAAGUGCCAUGGUUUCUUAAAUUUGUGCUGUGUUGUGAGUUCCCUUUGUAUGAUUCCCUUGAUGUACCUACGCCAACCAUCAUCACUGAAUCAACAAGCAUUUCACCAUCACAGUCACAGACAUAGCAACCAGCUAGCCGAAUGGCACCCAAUCCCACAUUCAGGUAUCUCACUACAGCACUCUAAGCACAGUGCAGAACUAUCUACUUCUUUCUCUCUCUAAUUCUCCAAUGGCAAUAUCUCAAAACAUAUCUGAAUUUUAAAGCUGCGGUAUUAAUUCCUGAAAUACUACAGUAGGUUUAUAUGCCUUCACUGCAUUUGAAUAAGCACUAGCUGGGCAGUGAUAAAGCUCAAGAGCAGCACUGUGAAAAUUAGAUAAUAAUAUAGAAGUGCCAAAGAAAGGCUGUUUUAAAUUACUGUAAAUAGUGCAGCGAUUUUAAUGAUCCCAAAUCUAAUAACAGAUAGUUGUAGUAAACUUCAGAAGAAACUGUUAAUGAUUGUAAUUUGACAGGCUGAUCAGCUACUGUAUCUGUCAGCACUUAUGCUGAAACACUACUAACUUGAACAAAAUGUCUUUCUGCAGUGAACUGUAUUGUUUUCUUGAUCACUGCUGUGAAUAUAUUGUAACAUUUCAACACGACCAAAUAUAAAACUGAUGAUUACUAUAGUAUUACACAUAAAUCUGUGUUGCACUGAAUUAAAGUAUUCUUUGUUCUGUUCCAUAUUGUAAUUCCUGUGGUUAAUGUAAAUGUCUUUGAGUAUAUAUCACCAGCUCUUCCAGAUGGGUGAAUGUCAAUUAUGGGUCAGUGUUUCAUUGUUGAAUUUUCAUUUUCUGUUGCAUCUAACAUUUGAAUAUGCAGUCAGACUGACAAGUGUGCCCUGAGACAUGUAUUUUACAUGGUAGAGCUAAAUCCAUAGUGAUAAUUAACAAGCUCAUUUGAGAGAAGCAUGUAUAUAUUAUUGCAACUACUCAAGAUGUAUAGUAUAGUGUUUAUAGAAGUGUAAAUACGAAUGCUGAAACUAUAAAUUAUUUUAUUCUGGUAUGUGCCAUUCAAAGUGGUUGAAUUUCAGAUGUUUAAAUUUGUUAUCUGACAUUGACAUUAAUUUUAUUUUUGUCUGUAACUGUUAAAUAGUAAGAAAGUAAAAAAAUGCCUUGACUAGAAUUAAUGUGGUUUCUGACAUACUACAGAACAGUAAACCUGCACAAAAUGUCGACUCAUAUUAUGAGUUGAGCCUGUAUAAUUUAGUGUUAUAGUGUAGAUUUUUAUGUAAUUAGGUUAAAGAGCUAGUUUGUAUAGGUGAUUAUAUUUUAUAUAAAAAUAUAUGUACAUGGGCAUAUACUUACUUACGUGGUGGAGAUAUCUAGUUCCACAGACAUGUAAGAUUCAAAAUGGACACUUCACAACUGUAAAUCUCUUUACUCUAACUGUAUAUGUUGAUCAGCUUUAAGGACUUUUAAAUUUUCUAUAUGCAAUUUCUAAGACAGGUGUUCACAAUAAUAAGCCAAAAUCAUGUACUCAAUCUGGAUUAGAUGAUAGUACUAGAUCCUUUGGGUGCUAAUAACAGUCAACAGAUUAGAUACAAAGCAAUGAUAAUUGCUGAGUUAUCUUCUGUUUCAACCUCAUUUACUACAGACUCCUUAUUGAAGUAUUAAAUUUCCUAUUUCCAGUAAUAUGAUCAUGGAAGCUAUAGAAAAAAGCAGCAGAUUUUAUGUAGAGAGUAGCACAAAAGUGAUGUGGAAAAGUUUCACAAAGGGUAAAAUUUAUUCUAAAAGCAUCACAUGUUUAUAGUUAUUGGAAAACACAUGGAGUCCUAACUUAAUUUGAUUUUGAAAUAUUA